CAUUAUUAUCUCUCUCCCAAAAUUUUGAAUAUUCGAAUAUUUGUUUUGUUAUAGCUUUGUUAGUAGAGAAUAGUGCGACUAAUUUUUAUUCAAUUUAAACAUGCAAAAACCAUCAGAGGAAGAACAGAAGAAGGCUCUCUCUGUUUGUCCAUUUCAUCAGCAACAACAACAGGAGGAAAACUCUCAUGUAAGCGAGUUGAGUGCAGUGGGGGGAGAAUCCUCUCAAUACUGCCCGCAUGCAUCUUCCAUGAUGCCAGUAUCCAAUAAUAUUAACAGAGAAUCCCAAAACUCCAACAGUGAUGACCAUGCUGCCUCUGAUAAUCCUUCAAUACUGUGUUGGAAGAGAAGCAAAAUACCAAAGAAUUAUGAAUCUCUACUUAAAGGAAUUCAAGAAAGGCCACCUGUAAAUGCUCUUCCAAAUGCAAAUAUUAUAAUGGAUCACAGAAAUACUGAUCAACCACAAGGUGACAUUUGCUAUUUUUUUGAUUCUGCCAUAAACGGAAAUCUUGAAAAGAUGAAAGAAUUAGUGGAAGUGAAGUUUUUCAAUGUCGACACAAUUGACAGAUUUGGAUAUAAUUGUUCUGCUUUGCAAUUUGCUGUAAAUGGAGGAAAACUUGAAAUUGUAAAGUAUUUAAUCUCAAAGAAUGCAAAUGUAAAUUUAAUUGAUGUGUCUGGAGAAACAGCACUUCAUAAGGCGUGUAAAAAAGGGAAUUUGGAAAUGGUUAAAUUAUUAUUGAAAGCUGGAAUUCAAAAAGAUUAUGUAAAUAAGCUUGGAAAAUCACCAAUUAAUAUUUUGACUGAAAAAGGUUUUACUGAAAUUUCUCAUUAUCUUUCAAAUUUUGAUUAUUUAUUUUACCUUGCGAGAAGGAAAUCAAACUCUUUCCUCAAAUCCAAUCUCAAACAUUGUACUUCCAAAACCACUAUCCUUACGGACUGUAUCAUAGCCACUUUCGAAUCUCCUUCCCUUAGUAGUGAACAUGCAAAUUCAGAGCCAUCAUCUUCCAACAUUAGCACAUCGAGUACUCAUCAUUCAAAUUCCUCAAAUAGACCACUUCAUUUGGUUAGUUUUGUCUUGCAAAAAGCACAAAUCGGAAAGAAAUCAAUAAUGAAUGAUGUCAUGUAUAUUGUUCCAUUCUUUUUUGGUGUCGGAUUUUCAAUGGAAGUUUUCAUGGUAAAAACUGGAUUUUAUGAAUAUAGAAAGAGAAAGGAAUCGGAAACUUUAACAGCCAAAGCUGCUGAAUUCAUGUUAGCAAAAGAAAGAAUUAUCGAGAAAUUUGCAGAAGUAAAGAAUGGACACAUUAAACGUAUUACCGAUCAAGAUAUUCAAUCCUCUGUUCUUGAACUUAUCGGGACAAAUGUUAGCACAACAUAUAUUACUUGCCCAGCCAGCGCAAAGAAAACUCUAGGAAUCAAAUUACCUUUCCUUGUCAUGGUUAUUAAAAAUUUGAAAAAGUAUUUUACUUUCGAAGUUCAAGUUUUGGAUGAUAAAAAUAUUAAAAGAAGAUUUAGAGCAUCGAACUAUCAGAGUACAACAAGAGUGAAACCAUUUAUUUGUACAAUGCCAAUGCGUUUGGAUGAAGGUUGGAAUCAAAUUCAGUUCAAUCUUGCCGACUUUACGAGAAGAGCUUACGGAACAAAUUAUAUAGAGACAUUAAGAGUUCAAAUCCAUGCCAACUGUAGAAUUAGAAGAAUUUACUUCUCCGACAGACUGUAUUCAGAAUCUGAUCUUCCAGAUGAGUUCAGACUUUUCUUGCCAAUCCAAGUAAGUAAUUGA